AUGCCGUUCGGGAUUUUGGAAGACAAGGGGUUGGAGCAAGUUCCUGGAACAUCUUGUAUGAACGACCAGUUGGAUGUACCCCGAGGGUACGAGCAAAUUCCUCGCGAGUUACUGAAGCAUGGAACUGGAAGAUACUCCCAUGUGAUAUUGGUUCCUCAGCCAUCAGACUCUCCCAACGAUCCAUUGAAUUGGCCAACAUGGAGAAAAGAUAUGAUCCUCAUCCUUGCCGGCUUUGUAGCGGCCAUCGUCGGGGCCUACGGCCCAAUGCUAUCACCAGGUUUCCUCGUUAUCGCCGCCGAUUUGCACAUUGGAGUGCCCACAUUGGGGCAAAGCACAGCUUGGCUGAUUCUCACCAUUGGACUGUCGCUCUUCAUUAUGAAUCCUUUGGCAAAGGUGUUGGGAAGGCGACCCGUCUUCCUUAUUUCCAUUUGUGUAAUGUUUGCAUGUUGCGUCUGGGGAGCAUACGCCAAAAAUUAUAGCUCCUUUCUUGCCAGCCGAGUUGUCGCCGGCUUCGGGAUGGCUCCUUAUGAAAUUUUGGUUCAGUGUACCAUCGGAGACUUAUACUUCGUGCACGAGCGAGCAACAAGGAUCGCAGCUUGGAAUAUGUUUUUACUUGGUGGGAUCUCUGGUGGGAGUUUGAUCAGUGGGUAUAUCAUCGAGGAUAUUGGUUGGAAAUGGACAUUCGGUAUCUGCGCCAUCCUCUUUGGCAUGCUCAUCCCCUUGAUAUUCUUCUUCGUCCCGGAAACGGCCUACAUUCGCGAUCCCAUCGAAAGGAGACUUGCCGGUGCCGAUCUGCAAGUUUCGGACAACGACAAGCCGACCGCCAAGGAUGGAAAAGAAGCUCCCGACGAGUCAAGAUUGAGCCCCCAAGAUUCUGCUGUCCCGUAUCAAAAAGAUUCUUAUCUGAGAUCGCUUCGAUUCAUGACGGGGAAGAAAUAUACCACUGCUCCGUUCUGGCAGAUCUUGAUCCGCCCAGCCGUCAUCUUCUGGUAUCCCGGGGUCCUUUGGGGAUUUCUUGUAUAUGGUGUGACCCUGACUUGGAUAGUCGUCUUCUCCGUUGUCAACGCCCAAAUCUUCGGGCUUCCCCCAUAUUCCUUCUCGCCCUCUCAAAUCGGUCUCAUUAGCAUCUCCCCAUUAGUCAUGACAGUUGUGGGUCUGUUGAUCGCCGGGCCUUUGAAUGACUUCAUCUGUCUUUAUCUUACCAAAAAGAACCAUGGUAUUUACGAGCCAGAAUUCAGACUGGUUUUGAUGUUCCCAGUCUUAAUACUUGGCAUUGUGGGCUUCUUUGGCUUCGGCGCCACACUUCACUACAAGACUCACUGGAUUGGGCCGGUACUUUGUUUUGGUAUUGCAAACUUGACAAUGACGUUUGAGACUGGAUGUGUUUUUGGAUAUAUCAUUGACUCAUAUGAGGACUUGAGCGAAGAAGCUUUCGUGGCAAUCAAUGCUCGCAAUCUGCUGACCUUUGGGUUGACCUACUUUGUGAAUGAUUGGGUGACAAAUGAAGGGCCAUUGAAUGUUUUCAAUGUUUUGGGCAGCAGUUUCAUCGCCGUAGUGGUGUUGACAAUCCCGUUGUGGAUUUUCGGGAAGAAAAUCCGAAGUGCAAUUGCUCGAAACGAUACUCUCACACGAUUUAUGAAGGAUGAUUAA